UCCACAAUAUCAUCCACCAUGGCGCGCAACUCGGAAAAGGCGCAGUCGAUGCUCUACCGCUUUCGAGAGCAGCAGUCUGUCGAGAUGGGGCUUGGCAACCGGCGCGCGGGCGAGCGGCGGCCGCGCGUCGCGAGCUCCGUCUCAAGUCUGCGCGAGUGUGAGCGCUGGCGCGGCGACAUCAUGCGCGAGAUCAGCCGCAAGGUGUCCAAGAUCCAGGACUCGUCGCUCACAAACUACGAGGUCCGCGACUUGAACGACGAGAUCAACCAGCUGCUGAAGGAGAAGCGGCAUUGGGAGUCGCAGAUCGUCGCGCUCGGCGGCGCCAACUACAAGCGCGCGACUAUGUCUAUGGUCGACGAGGCAGGGCGUGAGGUGCCGGGCACGCGCGGGUACAAGUACUUUGGACGGGCGCGCGAGCUUCCCGGCGUGAAGGAGAUGUUUGAAAAGGGCGCCAAGGCAGCGACGGAGGAGUCGGCGCGCAACACGAGCUUCCAGAUGUUCCGAAACCAGGGGACAGAUUAUUACGGCGACCUUGACGAGAUGGAUCCGUCUCUGGCUGGCGAGGAGGACGCUGCGGCGAGGAAAGAUUGGGAAGAGGCGUCGCGUGCUGCCGCCGAGCUGCUGGGGGAGGAUGUUGCGCUGCCAUAUCCUGAGCCUGUUGCGCCGCCACCGCUCGAGGGAUCAGGCGAAGGCGCGAAGCGCAAGUCGCCCGAGCCGGACGAGGAUGAGCCAGAGACCAAGAGCAAGGGCAAGAAGCGGGGGAAGAAGGGGAAGAAGCCGCCUCCACCACCGCCGGGCGGGCCGGGCUCUAUGCCGAACCCCGCUGGGGCGCAGGUCGCGGCGUUCAUGAGCGUGUUCGACCCGCGGAGUUUGCAGGUUCCGGAGCUCCCGGACACAGAAGGGAUGGGGCGGAUUCUGCUGGAGAGGAGGAAGGACAAGGUGCGCGAGCAGUAUGGCGUGUAGCACUAGGGUUUUUGGCAUGUCACGGUAGAGGGCUAGAUGCAUCAUCAGUGGGAGUCAUGAU